AUGGUCUACAAACUCUUAGGAGAAUUGCAGGAUGGCUUCCAUUCAUCACCAGAACUGUCAGCCUUCUCAGUUUUCAACUUGAAAAACAUCCCCCAGUCAAUCACUGAGCUUGCCACACAAACAAAGGCUGGCAGUCCACUUCUUCGACUUCUUAAACCUCUGAUUGUGUGGCUUCAAGCUGAAAUAAAAAAAGGGCUUGAUCGCAUUGACACUCCUGCCCAUUAUGGACAGAAUGAUGAAGAAAAUGGGCAGAUACCGCAUGCAGCUUUUUCCAUCUACACUCCUAACCAUAAGGGACAGAAUGGUGCAGGAAAUGGGCAUGUAGCUGUUCCACACGUACCUGUUCUCAUCAACACUCAUACCCAUAAUGAACAGAAUGAGGCAGGAAAUGGGCAGGUAGCUGUUCCACACGUACCUGUUCUCAUCAACACUCAUACCCAUAAUGGACAGAAUGAGGCAGGAAAUGGGCACGUAGCUGUUCGGCACAUACCUGUUCCCAUCAACACACCUACCCAUAAUGGACAGAAUGAGGCAGGAAAUGGGCAUGUAGCUGUUCUGCACGUACCUGUUCCCAUCAACACUCCUACCCAUAAUGGGCAGAAUGAGGCAGAGAAGGAUCUGAUAUUUGACAAUGUAAAGGCACAGUGUCAGGAGACACAAACUGCCCUACAGGAGACACAAACUGCUCACAAACAGAAGACUUCCAUCUCAGCUGAAACAGCUGAUGUUCUGAGUGAAACGCCAAUGGAUGGUGCUGGUGCUGGUGAAAGUAGUGUAUCACGGACACCUAUACAAGUUGUAGAUGAUGCUGAAACGACUGCUGUUCUGAGUGAAAAGCCAAUUGAUGGUGCUGAUGCUGGUGCUGGUGGAAGUAGUGUGCCACAGAUAUCUAUAGAAGCUGUAAAUGAUGAAAACAGAGUGGAUGAUGACAAUAAAGAUCCAGAAAGUGAACUCUUACUGUCUGCUGACAACAACACAGAAGUGCUUGUUGACACGUCCAAAGAACCGAAGGAAGAGGAUCACUUUUUGCCUAGGAAGGGAAGAGAUAAUGAUGAUGAUGAUGAUGAUGAUGAGCGGAACUAUCAUUCCAUUAAAAGAGGAGUGAACUCAUGGCCGGAACUGAAUGUUUUGGGCAAGCCUGUCCGCAAAACAGAUUGAAAAAAAAAGGCCAUCAGAGAUGAUUUGGUUCAUAAUUUCCAGCCAGCGUCAGGCGACACAGAACAUUAAAAGAGAGCACGGGGUGUAUUUGAGUGUCGCAUUGACGAUUUACUUCUUAGAUAUACAAUAGACAAUGACUGUGACCUUGAAACCCCAGCAAAAUGCUGUAAGUCUUACUUUCUGUACUUGGCUUCCCUGGAGAGUAGGUUAGAGGAUGAGCUGCAGUGCUGGUUUAACGAGAAGCCAAGUACAGAAAGUAAGACUUACAGCAUUUUUGUUUUAGUGUUGUGUAGGCAAACAUGACUUGCACAUGUUAAUACUCCACUAGUCCAUAAACAGUGUAAUAGUAACCACCACUCUAGUGAUUCUGAAAAAAGUGUUCUAUAUUUAUUGUUAAAAUGAUGUUUGUUUAUUAUUGGCUGAUAGUGUGAGGCAAGCAUUCAGGUACAAAGCAAUCACAACUAUGCAUAUGUACAGGUAGCAGAUCAAGAUAAUUAUUGUUUUCACAAGUGCACUAUAAAAUUACAUGCUAAGAUACUUAAGAUUUAUAAAAAAUCAUUGGGCUUUGACAUUUAUACUGCUUAAACUUAUACAGAGAGGUCAUAAUGAAACAAAGGAACAACCGUUGCUUGCUAAGACACCCUCAAUAUUAAAAGAAAUAUGUUUUACCUAAAAUAUUAUAUUCUGAUCUUUGUUGUUAAUCUUUAUUGCUUUAUAACUAACUUACUAAAGAUUUUGCAAUAAUUUAAAUAAUAUUAUCCCCACGUGACCUUUCUGAAAUUUCACUAAAACAGCAUGACUUGUUUAAAUGUCUUACGUGUUGUGCAGCAUUUUAUUUUACUAGUGCCAGGGUUGCUAACAGUGCCUUUGUUUGGCAUUAUUUCAUUUUUCUUUAAAUAUAUUAUAUACAAACCAUUCAUAUGGCUUUCAUUCAUGUGGCAUUAAUUCCUGUGGUCUUACAAAGUAUAAAUUUUCACUGGCGUUGUUUUCUUGGGUCAAUGUUAAAAGUAAAAAUAACUAACAUUUUGCUAGGGUGUGUACUAUUUCCAUCAAUAGUUGUUACUUCAUUUCAGUGGUUAGCUACUACUAAAAUACUGAUGUUGAGCAUACUUCUCAGCAUUCCUUUAUAACAUUGUGAUAAUACAUCUCAGGAGAUGUUUAUUUAUUUUAAAUGUUUUAUUGUUUAAAUGGUGACUUAAACAUUUAAUUAAUGUUCCGCCGAAAAUCUAUAAUAAAAGGUUAUUGGAGAAUUGCUGAAAUUAGAUUCUAAAAACACCAGAUGCAUGGUUUUCUCAUGUUCAGAAAACAACUUGCCUAUUAAAUAUCAAUUUGCCAUAGAGAAUAAUCUUUACAAGCAGGCAUAGUUCUUUGUGAUAUUGUUUAAAAUGUGUGUGCAAGUGUUUUUAGGAUGUUUGAAAGUUGUAUGCCCCACUUAAUGAGAGGUUGUUUAAAUUUGUCCUUGUCCGUCCAUGCUUCUGUCCUUCUGUGUGUUCCACUCUUUUGUGUAGCCUGUAACUCACAAAGUAUUGGUGCUAUAGGGAUGAAACUUUGCCAGUAUAUUUAUACGCAUGAGGACCUGAACACCUGCAAUUUUAACUCAACUGGAUUUGUUGCCCCGUUUGCUGCAAAACAAUGCAAUUUUGAUUUGUGUGGACUGUAGCUCAAAAAGUAUUUUGUAAGAGGAUUGAAACUUUAGAUGCAUAUCAGCAAGCAGCUGCAGUUGUGCACCUCUAUAUUAAGGUUUAGAUGUUUUAUACACAACUGAAUGAAUGGCCCAUUCUUAGCAAAAUAUUGUUGUUUAUUUCUUUUGACUUUUCACUAAAAAUGGAUCGCAGCUAGAAGGCUUAAACUUAACAAACAUAUAGCUACCUUGAUAUUUUAGAUAUUUUUCCCCAGUCAAAAGUUGAGUAUAACAGAGAAAAGCAACACGUGUGGGCAUCAGUGUUUUAUUACAAACACAUUGUAGUUGUUUUUUUUAAUCAUUUUAAACGAUUGGCCCAAAUUUUUAAAGCUCACCAUGGAAAUGACACGGGUAUUGGCAAUAUGUUUUUUUUUCAUUAGUUUAUAUAUGUUGAUAUUUGUUACAAUUUAUAUGAUUUUGAUAGAAAGUACUUUUAAAUUAGAUGUCCCCAUUAACUUUUUACUUCAUUUCCAUGUAGAAUAACUAGCCAUGUAAAUUCACACUUUCCUGAUCAUGCCCCGUUGCAGUUUGGAUUGUAUUGUAAUAAUUAUUUGCCUUGUAAUAAGGCAAUUUAUACUGUGUUAAUUAAGGGCCCAUGAUCAUCCAUUGAGAAUUUAAACCGCUAGAUAAACACGCAACCUACAGAAUACCGUUAGGGCCAUCAUGGUUACACAUAAAAAUAAAGAGGGCGACAAUGCGAUAGUACGAUGACGACAAUGCCAUAGUACUAUGACAACAGUGCGACAAUACGAUGGCGACAGUGUGAUAGUACGAUGGCGACAAUGCGAUAAUAUGAUGACGACAGUACGAUAACGCGAUAGUAUGAUGGCGACAGUGCGAUGAUACGAUGGAGACAGUGCGACAAUACAAUGGCAACUGUGCGAUAGUACGAUGGCGACAAUCCGAUAAUACAAUAACGACAAUAAAAUAACGUGAUAGUACGAUGGCAACAUUGCGAUGAUACGAUGGAGACAGUACGAUAUGACUUGUCAUCGUACUAUCGCGUUGUCGCCAUCGUACUAUCGCAUUGUCGCCAACGUACUAUUGCACUACUGCACGGCCUCCCUCUGGAUUUUAAUGUGUAACCACGAUGGCCCCAAUGGUAUUCCGUACAACAAUAAACCUCGUAAAAACGUUAUUGCCUUUCUUUUAAUUACAGGACAUAGAGGAUGAAUUCCAUUUCAUUUGUGUUUCUUCAUGUUACCUUUUUCCACGGCAUAAAUUUCUUAAACGUUUUUAUUACAUGAAGAGACUGUUGUUAAGUUCCAUAGUAUACAACAAAAAUAUGUAAAUUUGAAAUAUUAAAUUUGUGUAAAUAUGUAAAUAAAGCUUUAUAUGUGCCAGUCAUUUGUUAUUGCAAAGGAAAGGUAGAAUAAAGAAGUUAUAACUUUA